AUCAGAGAUCGCUACAUCCCUCUUUACAUGCGGAUCCCUUUCGAGAGGUCAAGACUCAUUUGAUCGCAAAUGUAUCAAUUUAGUAAGGAGCCAGCAUGAGUCAAACCAUCUCGCUACAUAUUUUCGUUGUAAGCGCUUUCGUGGGAAAAAGGUCUUUGAUUUAGGAUUUUGUUGGAGCGCUUGACGUGUAUUUCACCAUGGCACCACAUCCUGUGGUUCAGGCAAUAAUUGACCUCUCUGCUGGUGCUAUAGGGGGCACAGCUUGUGUAUUUAGUGGUCAACCUUUGGACACGGCCAAGGUGAAAAUGCAGACAUUCCCCACUUUGUACAGAGGCUUUGUGCACUGCUUUGUGUCAACAUACAAACAGGUGGGCCUCCGAGGGCUGUAUCAAGGUACCACACCGGCCCUCAUGGCCAACAUCGCAGAGAACUCUGUGCUCUUCAUGUGCUACGGCUUUUGCCAAGAGGUGGUUCGCUUCGUCUCUGGUCAGGAGAAAGGGGCUGCGCUCAGUGACAUGCAGAAAGCAUGCGCAGGCUCUGUGGCCUCUGUUUUCUCCUCUCUGGUCUUAUGUCCCACUGAGCUGGUGAAAUGCCGACUGCAGGCGAUGCAUGAGAUGGCGACGUCUGGCAAGAUCGCCCACAGUCAGAACACAGUUUGGUCGGUGAUAAAGUCCAUUAUGCAUAAUGAUGGACCUGCAGGGUUCUUCCAGGGUUUAACCACCACAAUUGCCCGUGAGGUGCCUGGAUAUUUCUGUUUCUUUGGAGCAUAUGAGCUCUGUCGCUCUCUCUUCGCUGAGUACAUGCACUGUGGCAAGGAUGACAUAGGUGUAGCCCCUAUUGUGUUCAGUGGAGGUUUUGGGGGAGCUUGUCUCUGGCUUGUGGUUUACCCAAUGGACUGUGUUAAAUCCAGAAUACAGGUUAUGUCAAUGACAGGCAAGCAGUCAGGCUUCUUCAAGACUUUCAUGCAUAUCUUCAGAACGGAAGGUGUACGGGCUCUAUAUUCCGGUCUGACUCCCACAAUGAUCCGUACAUUUCCCGCCAACGGUGCUCUGUUCUUAGGUUAUGAAGCCAGCCGCAAAAUCAUGAUGGCACAGUUUGACAGCUGACCCCUUAGUGGCACAUUUUAUUUUAUCUAGUUGGGUUUUUAGCCUUUUUAAACUAUUAGAACUUCUAAUUCGCCCUGGCCAUUAUACAGUGUGUCAGUCAACAUGCCAUGGUUUGCACACACUAACGCACAUUUUUAUAAUGACGCUUUGUUUUAUUUAUUUGAUAACACUUUACAGUAAGGUUUUACUUGUUUGGUAUGAGUGAAUAAUAGUUCUUAAGGCAUUUAUUAAUCUAGGUUAAUGUAUUAAAAUAGUAUUAUUUCAUUUGUUCAAUAAUGCAACUGUAUACAGCAUAAAAUAUUAAAAAGUUAGCAUAUAUAAACAUUUCUAUUUACAGCAUAAUGUUAACAAACUUAAUUUUUUUUUUGCUAGUAUUGUUAGGGUGUUUUUAUGUGGCUAAACCUUAGUCUGAGGUUCUAGAAAUGUAAUAAUUCUCUUUUGUGCUAGUAACACUAGUCCCAUCACUCCUUCAAGCCAAUAGUUUGCAUUUGGAACCAUUUACUCUAUAUACGUUCAAUUUUCAGGCUACCUCUGUAUUUUUGCCAGUUUGUAAAUCGCAAAGGCCUGUUGAAUAAACUGUAACUAUGCAAUUAGGUUUUGAGUGCCGUUCUCUUGAACACUUAUAGACAAAAGGAACAUUUAGAAUUUAAACUGGAAUGACCUGACUGCCAACUGUCUAUCUAAACCUAGUUUUGGAAAUACACUAACUUUUGUUCAGUAUAACCUCAAGCUUUGUAUGUUUGAAUUUUGUUUUAGUAUUUCAAGUGAGGGGAGAAUGCCUUAUUCAUAGUUAAAGUUUUUCUUUUAAGUACGGUGGGGUUCAAAAGCCUGAGACAACCUUGUGAAAAUCCUUUUAAGUUUAGCUUCACAGAGCGUGUUGUGCUUCAGUUCCCACAAGGAAAUUUGUGUUCAUGUGAUUAACGUCAAAUUUGGUUACUGGAUCGGUGACCUAGAAAUAGUGAAGAGUCAUACAGAUUUCUUAUUCAUCUGACUUUCAUUUUCAUUUCAUUUUAAAUGUUUAAAAAUAAUCUAAAGCCUUUACAUUUUUGAUUGUCAAUGUGACCCCAUAGUGUGUGGAUGUUUUUGUAUGUGAGCAUAUGCUUGUUACGUUCAGUCAUUUUGCCAAAGAACAUUUACACUGCGGCCGGACAUAUUUUAGAUUGUUUAAAAAUAAUGUGCUGAGGUCAGUAGUACAGUAUGGCACAGCAUCUGAAAAUGUACUGACUGGAAAUAUUCUGCUAUUUGAUUCAGAGGGCCAUUUGUAUAGUUGAAGAAUACCAACCAACUCUUUACAAAACUGAAUAACUUUGUAAAAUUACGAUUGUAUUAUUUUUAACUGUGUAUCUUUGAUUUAUUGUUAUGUUUUUAAUUGAUACAAAAUCAUAGAUUUCUGGAGAGAAUUAAAUUGUGUUAUAUUAAAUGUGUAUUAAAGUCUGA